AUGGCGGAAGACGAAGGCUCUGUUGAGGUCUCGCAAGAGAUCAAGCUGUUCGGCAAGUGGUCGUCCGCGGACGUCACCUGCAGCGACAUCACCCUUACCGACUACAUCGCCGUCAAGGGCAAGGGUGCCGCUUUCCUGCCUCACACUGCUGGCCGCUACCAGAGCAAGCGAUUCCGCAAGGCUCAGUGCCCCAUUGUUGAGCGCCUCGCCAACUCGCUCAUGUUCCACGGCCGCAACAACGGCAAGAAGCUGAUGGCUGUCCGCAUCAUCAAGCACACCUUCGAGGUUAUCCACCUCCUCACUGGCGAGAACCCCCUCCAAAUCGUUGUUGACGCCGUCAUCAACUCUGGCCCCCGCGAAGACGCCACCCGCAUUGGCAGCGCCGGCACUGUCCGUCGCCAGGCUUGCGAUGUCUCGCCCCUCCGCCGUGUCAACCAGGCCCUCUGGCUCCUUUCCACCGGUGCUCGUGAGGCUGCUUUCCGCAACAUCAAGACGAUUGCCGAGUGCCUCGCUGAUGAGCUCGUCAACGCCGCUAAGGGCUCGUCGAACUCGUACGCCAUCAAGAAGAAGGACGAGCUCGAGCGUGUUGCCAAGUCCAACCGUUAA